AUGACCCUGGCCUCCGCAUCGCGAUCGGCCCUCCUGCGAGGGUGCCAGGCCACUCGAGCCUACGCGACUGGAAAGUCCUCGCCCGCCGCCAAACCUACACCGACAACAGCUUCUCAAGCAAAGCCGGUCGCUAAAUCUGCGGCGAAACCUACAGUAGCCCCAAAAAGGCCGGUCUAUGCUUCCACGCCUCUGAAGAAAACCACACCGGCCGCCACCACGCCGACGGCGGCCAGCAAGACACCAGUCUCGAAGCCCCCGAUUGCUCCCUCGGCGCAACAAAAAGUUGUCCCCAAGCCAAUUCCCGCGAAGCCGGCGUCGACGUACUCUACACAGUCGAGGCCGAAAUUGGUUCCUUCGAAGUCGGUCUACGCUCCGAAACCCUCCACUACGACCACCCAAAGCCCAGCAGCAGCACAACAAGCGAAGCCAAUACCCACGCAGCAAACGAGGCCAGCGCCAAUAUACGCUUCAACACCGCAGAAGAAGCCUACCGCGCCCCCGAAGAGCCCCGUUGCUCCCAAACCUGUCUCGAACAUCAAGCCUUCCUCCGCCCCCUCUAAGCCAGCUGCCGCUCCGACCCCUCCCAAGAAGACAGUCAAGUCUGUGCCGACAUCACCAUCACCGGCUGCUCCUCCUCCCAAACCUACCCCUGGACCAAAGGCGCAGCCGGCAGCAGAGAAGCUAGCCGCUGCCCGGGAGGCACAGCUUCGGGCGGCGCGCGCGAGGAGGGAGGACCGGCAGGCGGAAGAGGCCGAAAAAGAGAACGCAAAGAAGCAAUACAAGAAGGAGUAUAAUAGCCUGGCGUGGCGGUGGACGACCGGCAUCAUUGCGAUGCCCAUAUUGCUGGUGACCAGCUACUAUCUAUUUGAUCGACUGGCCCUUGGACAUGAGCAGAAGACGGUGCCGAAUCUUGACGGCGCACGAAGCAAUUAUAAUGAAGAGAAGAGUGGCGAGAAGCCUGAAUAG